ACGCCAUUUUGGAGGAAAGUUUGGAAUUCCUGAUACAUUGGUGGAAAGAAGGAGGAGGGGAGAGCGCCGAGCAAGGGAACUUUGACUUGUGGAAAUAUUGCCGGACCGAGAUAGAUAAAAGCUUGAGAGCGGGAAACGAAUAAUUCAGCACUCAGAAACAAAAAAGAGGAUUUUACUCCCUAAAUGCACAGACUGAACUUUGGGAUUCGUUACUCGCAGUUUCUUCUGCCACUUUGAACUGCACUGCACAUGUUCUCAGAUUUUCAGGCUGCUCAAUGAAUUGCACCGUACAGAGCUGGGCUUGCUGAGAACCGGUUUGUUUAUGUUUAGUGUAUGACAAUUGAUUGGAGAUACGAACGUGACACACGACAGUAGUGUUUCACAUAGCUGUUAGUGGGAAACUGGUGUCGGGAAUCCUGCGCUGUCUCUACUGGCACUAACCUAAAUGAACCCUGUCAGUUAGCCCUGCCAGGGAUACAAGCUGGUCACAUUGGCAUUCACGGCGGGUCAUCUGAAUAGGCUUUAAUCUACCCAAAAAAAUCGGAUUCAUUGCAUGUUUUAUAGUCCAGUAAGAAAAAACGGUGCCUUUUGUAGUCUAUUGAACGGGCGGGAGCUAUAGCGCACAUUGCGUUUUUUGAGGAGAGAAGAGACUAGUUUCUGUUCAUGCUAAAACGGUGUAAACUCCUGGCUCUGCCCCUCUGGCAACUGUAGCAAAGGAUAUCUGAAGCAAGGGAGUGUAGGCUACUACACCAAACAUUAGCCUGCACGAAACAGUGCCUGCGUCUACUUUUCCUGCUGCACUUGGGAGCUGUCAUGCCUAUACGAAAGAAAGAUGCUCAACGAGCUUUACUGCUCAUGGAGGAAUACAAGACGAAACUUGGACAGACAGAAGACAGACAACUCAGACAGUCACUAGAAAGACUCAUCAACAUCUUUCAGAGCAACCUCUUCCAAGCCUUGAUAGAUAUCCAGGAGUUUUAUGAAGUGACCUUACAGGAAGGCCAGACAUCUGUAGAGCCAGUCAAGCCUGCAGAGCCCCCAGCUCCCCCUGUCACCCUGUGGGACUUCUCCAGCCUUCCCUCCCCCUCUACAGCUGUCACCUCUGACACCCUGCCCAGCAGCCUUACGUCCAGCAUAGAGAAGUACAGGAUUCAGGAUGAGGAUGGUUCUACCCCCCAGCAGGACCAGGGUCAGUCUCAGGCCUGUCCCCAGCACCCCUACCCCAGCCUGGAGGAGAGGGGCAGAGAGCGGGAGCUGCCAGGGAGCCAUCACGGGACCCUCCGCAGCCACCAUGGAGGAGGAACCCUGGACGGGUACCACCACGGCAGGGGAGAGAGAGAGGGCAGGGGGGAGGGACGGCCAGAGCUGGUCCAGGUAGCGGAGAAAAACCUGUCUCAGAUAGAGAACGUCCAUGGAUAUGUCUCCCACGCACACAUCUCCCCUAUGAAGGCAAACCCACCUCCUGUGGUGGUCAACACAGACAGCUUGGACAGCCCCCCAUAUGCGAAUGGAUCUGAAGCUGAUUAUGAGUAUGAUGAGAUCACACUGGAACGGGGUAACUCUGGGUUGGGCUUCAGUAUUGCAGGGGGGACAGAUAACCCCCACAUCGGCGAAGACCCCAGUAUCUUCAUCACCAAGAUUAUCCCUGGGGGAGCUGCAGCUCAGGACGAACGCCUCAGAGUGAAUGACUGCAUCCUGAGAGUGAACGAGGCAGACGUGAGGGAUGUGACUCACAGUAAGGCUGUGGAGGCCCUGAAGGAGGCCGGCUGCAUCGUCAGGCUCUACAUCCGCAGGAGAAAAGCCCUCUCGGAGAAGAUCCUGGAGCUCAAACUAGUCAAAGGUCCCAAAGGGCUAGGAUUCAGUAUUGCAGGGGGAGUAGGGAACCAGCACAUUCCAGGAGACAACAGCAUCUAUGUCACCAAGGUCAUCGAGGGAGGGGCUGCACACAAAGACCAGAGGCUGCAGAUAGGAGACAAACUAUUGGCUGUAAACAGCGCUUGCCUUGAGGAAGUGAGUCACGAGGAUGCCGUGGCAGCCUUGAAAAACACCCCUGAUGUGGUUUACUUGAAAGUGGCGAAGCCCACCAGUGUCUUCAUGAACGACAGUUUCGCUCCCCCCGACAUCACCAACUCGUAUUCCCCUCACAUGGACAACCAUAUCAGCCCUUCCAACUACCUGAGCCGGCCCACCCCCGCCACGCCUGGACGCUACUCCCCCGUCCCCAAGAGCAUGCUAGGAGACGACGAGGUGACAAGGGAGCCCAGGAAGGUGGUGUUGCACCGUGGUUCUACAGGCCUGGGUUUUAACAUCGUAGGAGGAGAGGAUGGAGAGGGAAUCUUUAUCUCCUUCAUUCUGGCUGGUGGACCUGCUGACCUCUGUGGAGAGCUGCGUAAAGGAGACCGCAUCAUCUCAGUAAGAACGGUCGACCUGCGCAGUGCAACCCAUGAGCAGGCUGCAGCAGCUCUGAAAAAUGCUGGACAGACUGUUACCAUCACAGGCCAGUACAGGCCAGAGGAGUACAGUCGGUUUGAAGCCAAGAUCCAUGAUCUACGUGAACAGAUGAUGAACAGCAGUAUCAGCAGUGGCUCUCUGCGGACCAGCCAGAAGAGAACUCUCUAUGUCAGGGCUCUGUUUGACUAUGACCGGGCGAAGGACUCGGGGCUGCCCAGCCAGGGGCUCAACUUCCACUUUGGAGACAUCCUUCAUGUGGUGAAUGCCUCCGAUGAUGAGUGGUGGCAGGCACGGCAGGUGACCCAUGAAGGAGAGGUGGAAGAGGUUGGAGUCAUCCCCAGCAGGAGGAGGGUCGAAAAGAAAGAGAGAGCGCGGUUAAAGACAGUCAAAUUCAACGCCCGGGUCUCAAGACAAAGUGGUGAGUUUUAGCAGUCAUUCAAUGACAAGCGUAAAAAGAACCUAUUUUCCCGAAAGUUCCCUUUCUACAACAAGAGCAAGGAGCACAGCGAACAGGAAACGAGCGAUGCUGACCAGCAUGUUACCUCUAACGCCAGUGAUAGUGAAAGUAGUUACCGUGGCCAGGAGGAGUACGUCCUGUCCUACGAGCCAAUCACACAGCAGGAAGUGAACUACACACGGCCUGUCAUCAUCCUGGGGCCAAUGAAAGACCGCAUCAACGAUGACCUCAUCUCAGAGUUCCCCGACAAAUUUGGGUCCUGUGUCCCACACACGACCAGACCGAAGCGGGAUUACGAGGUGGAUGCCAGAGACUACCAUUUUGUGGUGUCCAGGGAGCAGAUGGAGAAAGAUAUCCAGGACCACAAGUUCAUUGAGGCGGGCCAGUACAACAACCACCUGUAUGGAACCAGCGUCCAGUCAGUACGGGAGGUCGCUGAGAAGGGGAAGCAUUGCAUCCUGGAUGUUUCAGGCAACGCCAUCAAGCGAUUGCAAUCGACCAUGCUCUACCCCAUCGCUAUUUUCAUCAAGCCCAAGUCUGUGGAGAAUAUCCUGGAGAUGAAUAAGAGGCUAACAGAGGACCAGGGGAGGAAGACAUUCGACCGAGCCAUGAAGCUGGAGCAGGAGUUCACCGAGCACUUCACUGCUAUCGUCCAGGGGGACUCUCUGGAGGAGAUUUAUAACACGGUGAAGAGGAUCAUCGAGGAGCAGUCAGGACCCUUCAUCUGGGUGCCUGCCAAGGACAAGUUGUGAAGGAAGAGAAACAGAAGAGAUGACCUUUUCUUUUUGCCGUCCUCGUUUUCUUCUUUGAUUUUACGUCUAAUUUUAUGCCCUGAGCAUAGGACCCCCCCUCCUCCUCCCUUUCACUUAUACCCCCCCCCCCCCCCCCUCCCUUUCACUUAUACCCCCCCCCCCUCCCUUUCACUUAUACCCCCCCCUCCCUUUCACUUAUACCCCCCCCCGCGCCGCCCUGCUCCCCUCUGUCACACUGGCUGGUGUCGUUACAUUAGUGUCUGGGGAUCUGAUCACGCAUAUACACACAUACACACACACACAAAAUUCUUUAAUGCUUUCUCUAUCACACACUCACUCUCUCUCUCGCUCACUCUCUCUCUCGCUCACUCUCUCUCUCUCACGCUCUCUCUCUCUCCUCUCUCUUCUCUCUCCUCUCUCUUCUCUCUCUCUCUCUCUCUCUCUCCUCUCUCUCCUCUCUCUCCUCUCUCUCUCCUCUCUCUCUCCUCUCUCUCUCCUCUCUCUCUCCUCUCUCUCUCCUCUCUCUCUCUCUCUCUCUCCUCUCUCCCCCUCUCUCUCUCUCUCUCUCUGGUGUUUUCUUGGGCUGUCCUUGUAUCUGGGUGUUUUUCCUGCUAAGGAGGUACGGGCUUUGGCAACCAGCGUCUUAUGGGGAGAUUUUUAUGGUACAAGUCCUUAAUGUUUAAGGAACAUGAUUUAGAUGCAUAUAUAUAUACAAAUAAUAAAUCAUUUCUUGUACUUUUUUUUCCUUCAUAUUAUUGAAAGGAAAUGCAUUCAUGUCUGGGGUUCGUAAAGGAAAUGCAUUCAUGUCUGGGGUUCGUAAAGGAAAUGCAUUCAUGUAUGGGGUUCGUAAAGGAAAUGACAUGAGGCUAAACUUUGCACGUUAUAGCUUUAAAAGAGCAUGUUUCAUAGUGUUCUCAUCAUUCCCUCGUCGUGUUUUACCUCGUCAUGUUUUUGUCAUUCUUUAGUUGUCCUUUGUCUCUGCUCACGUGACGGCCAUACGUACUAUUCAAACUGCACAGAGGGAACUAAGGUUAGAGAGUGAUGAGUGGACUUCACUCUGACACACACACACGAGGCUGUUUCUUAUCGUAGCCGCCUUCACUGACUUUACGAUCCCUGAUGAUGAUUUGAUUCUGUUCUUUUGUCCAUUCAGCUUUCAGGUUAAUUUCCUGAACAGGAAUAGAGUAAAUGAAAGGCUGUUUUUAAACUGACUCCAGGUGUAUUAGUAGUAGUAAGAAGGAAGCAAAAACUGAAAGAAUUUAUUGUACACUGAGAUUUUAACGUAUAUUUAACCCUCAGUCUACUGCCUAUUUUGUUAUAAUAAAAAGUCUAUAUUGAGCUUUACUUCAAAACUCAUACAGCUAUGGGGAAUUAUUUUCUCUGCCAUGUUGAACGUAUAAAUAUGAAUAUAUAUAUAUAUAAAUAUAUUUUCCUUUACUUUCACCAACACCUAUCGGUUUCAGUUAGUUUCUUAUGCAUUCAGUAGAACAGAGGAGACCUGUGGUCCUGAGUCGGAUCCCUCUGUAAGGUCAGAGAAUGGGGUUAAGGUUAGGAACAGGACACACCUCCUAACUCUGAACUCCGCUGACUGGCUGGGGUGUGAACUAUGUUGGUGAAGCAGUGGAAAUGUAAAGUCACCGACAUGGUGGCCUGGUUCUGGUUCUCCUCUCCAUGUCCACUUCCCUGCGAUCUUCCUUUUUUUUUUAUGUGAUGUGCAUGUUUUUUUAGAAGCAGUAGUCUUUAUUAAAUAACAAACAGGGGGGGGGGGGGGGGGGGGAGUCGGUGUUCACCGAGGAUUGUGACGUCAUAUCUUCAAGCUCCGCGAGAGGAUCGUUCAGACAGACACACACUGGAGUAGACAGUCCUCAAGAGUGUGUGUGUGUGGACAUGGCCGUUGUUCGUAUCUGAAAGGGGGAAAGAUCUAACAAUGCGCUUUCGAAGCGCGAUGCCUUUAACUGUCCUCCGGAGGACUCCGUGCUGGAAUCCUCCCUCCUUCUCCUGCUCCCACAGAGAUGAUUGUUUUCUAUAAGACUUGUUCUUCUUCUGGUUCUUCUUGUUCUUCACCACCUCACCACUGCUUUCUAUCUCACUUUUGGAUUCGAGUUUGUAAAUAAUCCCUUUCCUGAUUCAUUCAAUUUGUCAUAAAGAGGAGAACUGCCAAUAAACCCUUUCUCAUACAUCA